AUAUAAGCCACACUUUCUCGAGUGCUUCCUUCCCCCAAAACCCUAAACCCCCCAAAGUAUCCUAACUACUAGGGUUUUGCGGUUUCGCAGAGCCCGCUGUUUUUCUCUUCCAAAUCCAAGAAGAUCCCGUCUCCCGUUUCUAUCUCUCUAGCCUAACAAUGGGAAAGUCAAGCAAGAAAUCAACCCCCAAAGUUGAAGCAGCCCGUGAUGUAGCUCCUCCUAAGUCUGGAAAGAAAGGCAAGAGAGAAGCUGAAGAAACUCCUGAAAAACAAGUGGUUGUGAAAAAACAGAAGAAAAACGAUGGAGUAGCACAGGCUAUUGUAAAGGAGAAGGUUGAAGCAAAGACCCAGAAGAAGAAGAAAGAUGAAACCAGCAGUUCUUCCGAUGACUCUUCUGAUUCGGAGGAUGAACCUGUGCCCCAAAAGAAGCAGCCAGCUAUGGCCAAGAAUGGCUCUGUUCCAGCAAAGAAAGCAAAACAAGCUAGCAGUUCAGAUUCUUCUGAGUCUAGUAGUGAGGAUGAUUCAUCCUCUGAUGAAGAAGCACCUGCUCAGAAGAAAAAACCAGUUGUUGCUAAAAAUGGCUCUGUUCCAGCUGCUAAGGCAGUGAAAACCGAGAGUUCCGAUUCAUCUUCUGAUGAUGAUUCUGAUUCUGAUGAUGAGCCUGCUGUAAAAACAAAGGUAUCAGCAGCUGUUAAAAAUGGCUCUGCACCUGUUAAGAAAGGAAAGGCCUCAAGCAGUUCAGAUUCUUCAGAUGAAGAUAGCAGCUCAGAUGAAGAUGAUGAAAAAUCAAAGCCUGCCUCUAAGAAAGGACCUACCACUGUUCCCAAAAAGGGGUCAAGCGAUAGUUCGGAAAGUGACAGCUCUUCAGAUGAGGACACCACCCAAACAAAUAAAUUGCCUUUUUCUCUUAUUAAAUUUGCAUCUAGUGAUAGCAGCUCUGAUGAGGAUUCUGAUGAAGAGGAUGUAAAGAAAGCAACUGUGGUGAAGCAAGUGACUGCUCCUACCCCAAAGAAAACAGAGGAAUCCAGUAGUAGCUCUUCUGAUGAUAGUGAUUCUGAGGAAGAAGAGCUGAAAAAUGAAGCUAAAGGUGAUAAGAAACCUGUUACUGGCAAAACAGCUAAGAAAGAAGAGUCAUCUGAAAGUUCAUCAGACACUGAUUCCUCUGAGGAUGAGGCUCCUUUGAACAAAGUUCCUGUUGCUUCUAAAAGACCUCUUCCUACAGCCGGGGCAAAACAAUCAAAACAGGAAAGUGAUGAUAGUGAUGAUGAUGAUAGCUCUGAUGAAAGUGAGGAUGAACAACCUGCAGCCAAAAAGUCAAAGGUUGGUUCAGAUAGUGGAAAAGAUGCUAAAGUUAUCAAAAAAGUAAGCAGUAAUGAAGAGGAGGGAUCUGAAGAAUCAUCUGAUGAAGAUGAGGAAAGUGAUGAUGAAGAAGAAACUCCAAAGAAAAAAGAUACUGAUGUUGAAAUGGUGGGUGCUACAACCCCACAGAAAAUUACCAAGCAGCAGGAUUUGAAGUCUGCUAAGAAAGCUCCCCAAACUCCUGCAACGCCUCAAGGUCAAUCAACAGGAUCAAAGACUUUGUUUGUUGGAAACCUACCUUAUCAAGUUGAACAAGCUGAUGUAAAGAAUUUCUUUAAAGAUGCUGGUGAGAUUGUGGAUAUACGUUUUGCUACUGAUGCUGAAGGGAACUUUAAGGGAUUUGGACAUGUUGAAUUUGCUACAGCAGAGGCUGCACAGAAGGCUUUGGAAUUGAAUGGUGAAUAUUUGAUGAAUCGUUCUCUUAGACUUGAUUUGGCCCGUGAAAGGGGUGCAUACACACCGUACAGCGGCAAUGGGAACAAUUCAUUCCAGAAAGGUGGAAGAAGUCAGACUCGAACAAUUUUUGUCAAGGGGUUUGAUCAAUCUCUUGGUGAAGAUGAGGUUAAGAGUUCUUUGGAAGAGCACUUUGGUUCUUGUGGAGAUAUUUCUAGGGUUGCAAUUCCAGUAGAUCGGGAGACUGGUGGUGUGAAAGGUUACGCUUACUUGGAUUUCAACGAUGGUGAUAGUUUCAACAAAGCUUUAGAACUUGAUGGAUCUGAACUAAACAAUUAUUCCUUGUCUGUGGAUGAGGCAAAACCAAGAGGUGAAUUCCGUGAUGGUCCAGGCAGUGGAAGAGGUGGUGGCAGGAGUGGUGGAAGGAGUGGGGGAUGGAGUGGGGGAAGGGAUGGUGGUGGCCGUGGUGGUCGUGGUGGUAGGCGUGGGGGUGGUCGAUUUGGUGGUGCUGGCAGAGGUCGUGGACCUAAUAAGCCAAACCUUGCUGCUGCUGGCACAGGAAGGAAGACAACUUUCAAUGAUGAGGAUUAGUGUGGGGUCGAGCACUUGUUUUUUCCCCUGCCUUAUUGUCCCUGCUUAAGUUCAAAAGUAGUAAUUGUUUUUGGUAGAAUAUAUUUUUGCAUUCCACCUUUAUUUUGCUACCUUAAUUAUUGUGUCGAAUUUCGUGAAAUGUUUUAUUAUGCCGUGGCUAUUACCUUUUAAUUGUUUGUUAUCAGAAGUUGCCUUUUGGGCUUAUAUUAUAUAAAAAUAUAAUUUUGAUAUUAUGGAA